UGCUUACAGUUGUUAGUACUGCUGUAGAUCCAGGAGGCUGCUAGUUUAAGUUUAAUUCCAUGGAUAAUACAGGCUUACGCUGAAUAAUACCAGGUGGACAAGGACUAGUAGUCUGCUUAUUGCAGGUAAAGAGGAUUCGUGUCCAGACCCCUGCUUUGCUGUUCCAGAGAGAAAAACCCGCAACGUCAAGCCAGGAAUGUCCAAUCCCACACCAGACACUCGGGCCCGUCCGGACCAGACUGAGAGUGAUGGGUCGUCCGAACCGUCACCCCAGGCUGUGAGGAAGCCACCUGGGCAUCUGAAGUUGGCACGCAGCCUUUCUAAAUUAGACUGCGACCUGCUGGCUUCCCCUCAUUGUGAGGACGACGGGCCUCUUGAUGACAGGAGCGAAUCCCGGUCCAACUGUGCUGCUGAGAGGAAGGAAAUGGAGCAGAUGCCCUCGUUUGCCUCCGAAUGGGACGAGAUUGAAAAGAUCAUGAGUCUAAUUGGCAGCAUCGAGAUCUCCAAGGAGCAUCACCCUGCAUCGGAAGAUGCAACUGGGGGCCGCGUGCUGGAGCAGUCGGUGGGGGAGUGGCUGGAACACGUGGGCUUUCCUCAGUACGAGAGCAAACUGGUGCUCAAUGGCUUCGAUGACCUGCGUUACAUGGGGAGUAACGUGAUGGAAGAUGAGGACCUUCACGAAAUUGGCAUCACCGACCCAGGCCACAGAAAAAAAAUCCUUCAUGCAGCAAAAAGCUUUCCAAAGGUGAAAGCUCUGGGGUGUGAUGGCAGCACCUCUCUGUCCUCAUGGCUGGAAACUCUGGGUCUUGGAGAGUAUCUGCACAACUUCCUGUCUAGCGGCUACCGCACCCUGGACUGCGUGAAGAACCUGUGGGAGCUUGAAAUUGUUAAUGUGUUGAAAAUUGGCCUUCUUGGUCACAGAAAAAGAAUCAUAGCCUCAAUAGCUGAGCGACCGUAUGAGGAAGCACCUUCGAAAUCCAAACGCUUUUCCCAACUCAAGAUUCAGGACCUGCUGUCUCAAAAUACGUCACCGCUCAGUUAUAUGGAUCCGUACACCAGUUCCAUGGAUAUGUUGCUUCCGCUGGGAGAAUCAGGCAGAAAGAGCAGAGCAUUGGAUCAGGAUGGCAGUAUCUCCCUUCGCUCCUUCGGUGAAAGAUCACGCUCACAUGACCGUCAUGCAGAUCGACAUUCACGCCCAAGUAUUCGCCCUUCCAGUCACUCUGCCACAUAUACCACAGUCUCCACCUGGCACCAUCACCCUGAUAAACUCAUCACCGAGUCCUGCGUUUAUGAGGCUAGAUAUUUAGGGUCUGUGAUCAUCCGAGACCUACGAGGAAUUGAAUCUACACAGGAGGCCUGCGCUAGAAUAAGGAAAUCAAAGGAUCACCGGAAAGGUCCCGUCAUAAUACUGAAUAUCACCUACAGAGGAGUCAAGUUUGUUGACGCGGCCACCAAGGUGAUGGUUGCAGAGCAUGAGAUCCAGAACAUCUCGUGUGCAGCCCAGGAUCCGGAUGACCUUUGCACAUUUGCUUACAUCACAAAAGAUCUGAAGUCUGGUUACCACUUCUGCCAUGUCUUCACUACAGUAGAAGUGACACAGACCUAUGAGAUCAUCCUGACGCUGGGACAGGCGUUUGAGGUAGCAUAUCAGAUGGCUCUCCAGGCACAGAAGGCCCGUCGUCACAGUUCAUAUGCUGGUCCAGCCUCCGAAAACAUAGAACCCAAGACCAACAGGCCCACCUCGCAGUCCCGCAACAGUAUGCGCCGCUCCACCGGUGCACCUGUGCUUGAAUGCUGCUGCUGUUACUGUCACACGUGCUCCGCCCACCGUCCCUCCUACCUCCCGCUGCCCUCUAUCAGCCCUGGAGUUCAGAUCGACCCUCUGGAGCCGGAAACGGACCUGCAGUCCCUGGGCAGCACCAGUUGGCUCUACGAACCACGGGAAUCCUCCAGACCUUCGAGUAGCACCAAGUAUGAGACCAGUUUUUCAAAAGAGUUGGGUCUGUCAUCUCGAUUCACAUCCAGUGCUUCCUUUUGUCUUACCAGGCAUCUGCAGCUCUGA